AUCCCAAUCAUUUAGGUGAAGGGAAGGAGUAAUAAUGUAUACCUUCCCUUAAUAUACUAUACUUGCUUGCAUCUCUCUGAAAAAGUUGAAGAAGCAUCCGUCCAAAAACGGAUCACGAGCCAUUACAAGACAACCCCCUCACACCUCAUCUUCUUUUUUAUUUAUUUCAACAAUUUCAUCCAUCCACCUGCCUCUUCCUUUGUUUGCUUCCCUACAAAACCAAACCAAGCUUCUUCAGAUUUCAGCGCUUUGGAUUUGCCAAGAAUGAGGACGCCUCAUCACCUUUUCACUUUAGCUCUCUUCUUCACCUUCAGCUCUGUUUCUGUUGAAGCCCUUAAUGUUGGAAUCCAGGCCGCUGAUACCGCCAUCUCUGUGAGCAAAGAAUGCAGUAGGACAUGUGAGUCAGAGUUCUGUUCAGUGCCUCCAUUUUUGAGGUAUGGCAAGUAUUGCGGCCUAUUGUACAGUGGAUGCCCUGGAGAGAAACCUUGCGAUGGACUUGAUGCUUGCUGUAUGAAGCACGAUGACUGCGUUCAAGCUAUGAACAAUGACUAUCUGAGUCAAAAGUGCAGCCAAAGCUUCAUAAAGUGCAUAAAGGAUUUCCAGAAAGGAGGAGAAAGGAGUUUCAAGGGUAACAAAUGCCAAGUGGAUCAAGUCAUUGAUGUCAUCUCUGUUGUCAUGAAGGCUGCCCUGAUUGCUGGAGGAGUGCUUCAUAAACCUUAGUCUUUUUACCCAACCCAACACUGUCAGACACGACAUUCUUCUGCUUCUGCAAUCCUAAGAUUGAUGAUGGCAUGGCAUCCCUCAAUUAAAUCAUUCAUCUUCAACCAUCCUUUAACUACUGUUUUCUUUUUCCUUAAUUUCGCAUUUGGAGUUGGAACUAUUUGUUUUUCUAUAACAAACAGAAAUUUAAGCUAGAGUGCAUUCCAUUUCAAUAA